AUAAAGGAUUGUAAGUUAAAAUGGAAGGCGUUUCGAAAAUAUUCAGUGGUAUGGUUAAUGUAAAAGAUGGCAACAUACGAAAAAUACUGGACGCUAUAGACGAACAUCAAACAUUAUGGAAAGAGCGUUCAAAAUAACCUCAACCGAACCGAAACACAUUCCGGAUCUCGAUAUUUGUCUACAUAUCAUCUUAUAAAAUCAAAAAUGAUUACACGAAUUAUAUGAGUUCCCCAUAAGAGGCCGUGUAAAAUGCAAUCGUCAUCCUAAGAAAGUUGCGAUGGUAAAAUUAGUUUUGCGUUAGAUUCCCAAUCGCCACAUUGACGUUGGAAUGAAAUGCAGAGGCGCUGCUCGUUUGGAGAUUAUCUUUGUAACGAUUUUUCGUAAAAACGGGCUAAUUCACUUGAAAAAUUAUAGCAGGAAUGGAAGAAAAAGUUUUUACUCUGAGGUGAUAAUGUCGAUCUUAAUUCAUUGUACGAAAAUUCAAGUUUGUUUAGAAUGGAGCAUUUAUAAUAGCCGCAACACGAGCUUGCAUCAUAUUUCACAAAAAUUGGGGCACUUCUUGGCAAUGCUGAAACACGCGACCGAGGACUAAUUGCCCUGUGCCACUUUCUGUCGCAGUGUCCUUUGGAUACGUUGGAGGAAAAAAUGCAGUAUUACAUCAAUGUUUGUACCAAAAUCUGCAAUCAAAAAGGACACGUCGCAAGUAUUCCUUUGGCUUACAACGUUCUAAUACAACUCUUACUCAAGUCUUUGGAAUCAUCCGACUUGAACAAACUAAUGAUUAGUAAUAUCCCCAAACUCAUGGACAACGUGACUGUCUCUAUCGAUACCUCGAUCAAUGUUGCAACGUUAGACUUUCUAGAAACUGUUAUGCGUCAUUAUCCGGGACCUUCUGGUCCAUCCAAAAACCGCAUUGAGGAUUGUCUGUUUUCUUUGGUGGAUUCGGAAGAUCCUCUUGUGGUAGAGAGUACCGGAAUCUGUUUGCUCCUGUUACAACAAAUACGGGGUGGAGGUCAACACGGAAGUUUACAUAAAAAGACAUGGGAAGAAUAUCAGAAUAAGCUAAUUGACACAAUUCACGAUUUACUGGGGAAAGUAUUUGCCCACGUACCGGAAUCGUUUGACGUGGAAGAAAAUUUAGAAUGUCUUAAGCUUCCGAAACUCUUGGUGAGUGAUGAUCCAGUGACCGGUGCGCUGCGCGUAGUAACUCGACUGUUAAACGUUAUUUGUUACAUGGAAAAAGCAAUUCUCGAACCGUACCCAGUGGCGAAACCUUUCAGGCCAAUGAAGAUACUUAAUGUAGUUCUUCGAGGCAAUGCAGUUAGUUGUCAGACUAUGGCAAAAAAUUCCAUACAGGAUAAUAUUGCUCUUGGGACGUUCUUGCCGCAGAUUCAGGAACAGCUACUGAAAGUGUUAGAUGCUUUGGUACUGGUGUUGAAGUCCAAUAUGCUACCGUUUGGAAACCUGAUAACGGAAAUGUUCAUCCAGUGUCUCAAAGCGACACAAACUGUAGAUGUCAAAGGAAGGAAGAAAUCAUUUGUCACACUUCGGGCGAAGAUUUACGAAAGUAUGGGGUUGUGGUGUGAAACGAACAAAAAUUCCAGCUGCAUCGAGGAAAUUAGCGACACCGUUCUGGAUCAUAUCAUACAGGAUAUAUCACCAUACGAAGCCGAAGUUACGCUGCAGGUGAACGCUAGCGGACAAAAACUUUCCGCCAAAGCCAAGAGAAAACUGCAGAAGCAACAAAACGCGGACACUAAGCUGGUUAAAGUUCAUUCCAACAAUCAGCUUGAUAAUAAACAUUUAAACACAGAUUGCGGCAAUGAAGAUCUUUGUUUGGCCGCUUUGCAUUGUCUCUGCAAAAUACUGGAAGCUGCUGGGUGCUUCAUUAAACCGGUAAUUCACAAAAUUCUACAGGAAAAAAUCGUGUCCCUCUGUUUUUCGGUGUUCUCACAACUGAACACCGGUACCAGACAGAACCUGUACUGCGAACCUGGUUGCCGAGCGGCGCUACUCACCGCCCUAAACGCCCUGACAAUCAAUCCACAUCAUCUUUGUCCACCGCCACUGCAGUACGGAGUUGCUAUUUUCAAUCUGGCCGAGGUUCACGAUCCCAGUGAAGACGUUCGUUCGAAAGCCUCGGAGUUAGCCCGCACAACUGAAACUCUGCUGCAUCCAAGAAAGGAAGUGUUCUAUUUCCCAAUAGAAGAAAACGCUAUCAAAGAUAUGAUGGUGGCUAAGGCGAAACACCCUCUGAGUUCUAGGACCUCAAACAAAGAAAGAUCACAUGAAGACAGUGCCCCAAUAAGAUUCGAACAAUUCACGGAACCUCAGAUAGACCUUCGGAGCGAUAAACAGCAAGUGUCGAAAGAAAAUGAACCGAUCGCUCAAGUUCAAGAAGUCACUAUAGAAGAAGAAAAGCCCCCGGUAGUUGUUUAUAAUCUAGAUGACACUGAGCAUGAAGUAAAUUUCAACAUGGGAGAAGUUCAUAAAUCAGCAAACGAUAAGACAAUUGAAUCGCAGGCGAUUCACGUUGAUUCGCAAGAUGAUGAUGAUGAUGACGACGACGUUGAAAUAGUGUCAACCAAAGACAAUAACGCUAACAAAUGUGUAGAAACUCCAAAACAAAAUCAGUCCUUGGUCACAAAAUGUAUCGAAUUGAGUGAUGAUGACGUGCAGAUGCUUGAUGAGUCUGCGCCUACAGCGUCAUCAGCUGAUAAGGCAGAUUCCUCGACGAAUAGUCAUCGACGCAAGUCGGACACAGAGCAACUGAGUGAAGAUGCGGAUACCAGUAGCAAGCGAUUCAAAGGAAUAACAAACGAAGAGGACGUAGAUUUGAAAGUGAAUGAUUUAGUCGCAGAAUUUGUCGAUGAACUGAACGAUAAAAUUGAAUGAUUUGAGAGUAUUUUAAACUAAGCAUUGUGUUUAACUUGUAUAAUAUGUAGCUUGAAAAAUACAUUGUUAGGUUCUCUUUGAUCUUUCAUCGAUC